UUACCGUCUUCCGCUCAGUUUGAGUAAAUUGACCAAUAGACGUGCGCUCCCCCCUCUUUCCCACGCCUGUUUAUGGGCGCACGGUCAUUCCGCUAAUAACUACAACACUUUGCACAGUCUCCCUUCUCACUGUACGUAGAUCUCGUCACAUUGACUUUGUGGCCAAUUACGCGCAAUGUGGAGAAUCUCGCUCAGCUGUGAGGGGAAGACUUGUAACUCGGUGGGGUUGUCCUCAGGUAUGCGUCCUUCUCCACGCUCACCUGGAUCUACCGGAGACAUGCAGAGGCGACAGAUAACGGACAGUUUUCGCUGCUCUUUAUGAUACUCUGCCUGAGGUGUCUUUCCCGUGAUGGGGGGACGCGCACGGAGCUGCGGCGCCGUGAUCCUGCUGGCCAUCUUCUGCUCCUGCCGGGGCGUUACGCUGGAGUCGAUCCACUGGAGCAGCUCCAACGCAAAAUUCACUCCCGGUCAGGGUUUGGUCCUCUACCCUCAGAUAGGGGACAAGAUGGACAUUGUGUGCCCCCGGGCUGACCCCUCCUCAGGUAGGACGGAGGAGUUCUACAAAGUCUACCUGGUGACCAAAAGUCAGAUGGAGAGCUGUGGUGUGGACAAGACGGACACGCCCCUGCUGAACUGUGACAAACCUGACCAGGAUGUCAAGUUCACGUUCAAGUUUCAGGAGUUCAGCCCAAACCUCUGGGGCCUGGAGUUCCUCAAGGGGAGGGACUAUUAUAUCACCUCCACCUCCACAGGGUCUAUGAGAGGGCUGGAUAAUACGAGAGGAGGGGUGUGCAGGACCAAAUCCAUGAAACUGGUGCUGAGAGUCGGACAGAACUCCUCUGAUCCACUUUUAACACUUCAGGAGUCUCCAACCAGAUUCCCACCUUCACCACCAAAGGCCAAGACCAAGGAUGUCUUCACGAAAGGCAAGAGUGUAAAAAACGUGGGCUCUGGAGCCAGUCAGACAGAGCCCUCUGGGCCAGGAAUCAUCGUGUGGGUCAUCUCUGGUUGCUUGAUCCUCCUUCUGGUCAUUGCAGUUGUUUUAGUGGUGCUGUGGAGGUACAGUCUGCUCCGCCGAGUCCCUGAUAGGCAGCAGCACCAGCCACCGGCCUCUGUGUCUUUCAGCACUUUGGCUGUGCCGAAGCGGGAUAGCAUCAGCAGCGACAAUGACGGCUCAGACCGCAGCGAGGUGGUCUUUCCCCUCCGUCCGUCCGAAAGCAUGAUCUGUCGUCACUACGGGCAUGUGAGCGGUGAAUAUGGCCCUCCUGUGUAUAUAGUUCAGGAGGUAAUGCCUCAGACCCCCACCAACGUCUACUACAAAGUCUAAUGUGUGCUUCUCUAAUGAAUUCUUCGGAAAAAACAUCUCUACAAGAGGAGGACUUCAGCUGUUAAGUUACUAAUGUAGGCAGUGUGGUUUAAAGCUGGGUUUUUAUACCCUGCAGAGACACCCGUCCUAUUGCUUAGUAAGACUGGAAAAAAAGCACAAAAUACUGUUGAAGGAUUUAAGACAAUCUGAACGGAAACCAGUCAACAUAUCAUCCAGUAGAUGUUUGUUUUGAGAGAUGUGCUUAACAGAGUAAACAGACUUAUUUAUGAGAAUAUGUUUUUUUUAACUGCCACCAUCUGUGGCAGGCUUAACAGUAGUUUAUUUAACUUAAUGAUAAAUCAAGGACAGAAGAAAAUUGCACUCUUGCAAACUUUGUAGAUUUAUUUAUUUAUUUAUUUUUUACAUAUAUGUUGUUUAAACCUGUCUGACAUGCUGUGAAGUGAAUCAAAACACAUACAUCUUUAUUUCAGUCAAUCAGAAAUCCACUAUCAGUCUUUCAAGUCAAUUCAGUACUCAAUAAAUCUGUGAAUUUUCCA